GAGCUCUUCUGCAGAGUCUGCGGCGGCGAAGGACGCUGGGUCCUGGGAAAGCAUCAACAGGAGGUGAGCUACAGCUGCAAUGCUCUGCAUGGACUGUGGGUGCAAUGGGAUGGAAUAAUCUGCAGGCACUGGCGUACAUACAGGGGUCGCAGUUGCGACAGGCCCGGCCGCCUGUGGACCCCUGCAGUAGUGCUGUACCCGGGGCCCAGUGCUCCUUGUUUCCGCGCGGCCUGCCCCUUUAAUAUACUGACCCUCCCCGGCACAGAACAGGUAAAGGGUCUGGAGUUGAUUCCAGGUGUGGCAUUUGCAUUUGGAAACUGUCGCUGUGAACCCACAACAUGCGGUCAAAGGAGCUCUCAAUGGAAGUGAAACAGGAAAUCAUUAGCCUGAGAAAAAAGAAGAAAUCCAUCAGAGAAAUAUCGGAAAUGUUAGAAGUGGCCAAAUCAACAGUUUCAAACAUUCUAGUAAAAAAAGAGCGCACUGGCGAGCUCGAGAACUCAAAAAGGCCGGGACGUCCACGAAAGACAACACUGGUGGAUGAUCACAGAAUCCUUUCCAUGUUGGAGAAAAACCCCUUCACAACAUCCACCCAAGUGAAGUACAAUCUCCAGGAAGUAGGUGCAUCAGUAUCUAAGACUACCAUAAAUAGAAGACUUCGUGAGAGCAAAUACUGCAACAGAUUAUCUGGAAAUUUUGAGGAGCCACAGAGCCAGGCAAAGUCCCUUGUUAAAGAAGAGGAGCAGGACUUCAUGGAGGGGGAGUCCACUCCUGACAGUUAUCAAAAGAACGCACAGAAAGCAGAGAGGGACAAUGAAGACCUAGCAAGACCAUCUUUGGUGGCCACACCACCCUCGCCAAGAGAGGGGACAUCUUCAGCAGCAGCGCUAAUCGCCACUGUAUCACCAGCCACUGCUCCUGCAACAACAGCUGCUGUCAGGGCGGCCACAUAUCCCAAUCCCCCUACCGCCACAUCUGCCACCUGUGGCCAGAAUGAGGAAGCCCGCCAAUUGAUAGACAAGCAACUGCACAGGGAGGCUCUGUCCCUUAUCCGGAGACUGAAUGGAGAUGAUGAGUACGAUUAUUUUGGCUACGAGAUUGCUUCUUCCUGUCGCCAGAUGCGUCCUGAUAGACAAGAAGACUUCAUGUCAUACAUUCAUGCCGUGACUUCAGUCUUUCGCUCCAACCAGCCUCUGCCUGACAUCGAAGAUAUGAUUUGCCAUGUUCAGUGGGUAGCAGGCCUAAGGCCAGCACCUCCUCCUUCCCUGUCUAGGCCAGAGGCCACAUCUUCCACCACCCAAACGGAGUUCCAUCAGUGAUUGUGAGCCUAAGGGUACUUUCCCACUAGCGUUUUUCUUUUCCGGCAUAGA